CCCCCAAUUUCUUUAUCAAUCUUCUUCUCCAUUUCUAGAAAGAGAAACUGUGACUGUGUGAGAGAGAAAGCUUCAAACCCCAUUGGUGGGUACACACAUAUAUAUACCUCUAAACUGCUUCUUAAAUCUCAGAUCGAAGUAGAACCACUAAAAUGUCAAUGCACGCCAAGACAGAUUCGGAGGUGACCAGCCAGACAGCGUCGUCUCCGACGAGGUCACCACGGCGGCCGGUCUACUUUGUUCAGAGUCCGUCGCGUGAUUCGCACGACGGCGAGAAGACCACCAACUCGUUUCACUCAACACCUGUGCUGAGUCCAAACGGGUCACCUGGCCGACACUCCCGGAACUCCUCUUCCACCAGGUUUUCCGGGUCGCUCCGACCCGGAUCAAGGAAAGGAAGCAGCCAUCAUCAUCAUCAGCAGGUUCGGAAAGGCGAAAAGGGAUUUGAUGCAAUUGAAGAAGAAGGACUCAUCGACGAUGAUCAUCGGAGAGGAAUCCCUCGCCGGUGUUAUUUUCUGGCGUUUGUUGUUGGGUUUUUUGUUCUCUUCACUUUCUUUGCUCUCGUUUUGUGGGCCGCUGCUAGACCUCAAAAACCGGUCAUCACGAUGAGGAGCAUUUCGUUUGAUCAAUUUGUAGUCAAUGCUGGAGCAGAUGCAUCUGGAGUUGCUACAGAAAUGGUGAACUUGAAUGUCACAAUCAAAUUCAAUUUCCGCAAUCGGGGAACAUUUUUCGGAGUUCAUGUGUCAUCAACACCUAUAGAUCUCGCAUACACCGAGCUAACACUUGCCUCUGGAUCUAUUUUGUGGGAUCGAUCGGCUGGAUUCAAGAAACGGGUUGUAUGCAUUGUUUCGAUAUAA